AGACGCACCAUUAUUUUUGUUUUUAAGGUGAAACUUGAAGCUUCAUAUGUCUGCUUUUGCAUGGUACACCGUGAUGAACCUCAAUGUUCAGUCGUUUGGGGAAAGGAUUGUGCUUUUCAUUCUAAACGUCAUUAUUUUUGGAAGACUGGAGAGAAAUUUGGAUGAUGAUGACAUGUUUUUUCUACCUCACUCUGUGAAGGAACAAGCUAAAAUCCUGUGGAGGCGUGGAGCGGCUGUUGGGUUUUACACAACCAAGAUGAAAGGCAGCCUUUGUGGUGAUGGCACUGGUGCAUGCUCCCUGCUGCCCGUCUUUGACACUGUGUUCAUCAGGAGGAAACACCGGCACCAAGGCUUGGGAACAGACGUGCUGCGGGACUUCUGUGAGACAUUCCCAGAGGUCGAGGCCCUGGGGGUCAGCUGCCUGAUGUCUCCUGCCAUGUACCAAGCACACCCAGGAAAUUCCAAGGAGAACGUGAGCCGUCAUGCGAGGACUUCUCAGAAUGACAGACCCAGACAGUCUGCCCCUGGAGACAGCAGCAAGUAGAGGAUGCGUGGAGAAGAAUUGGAAGACACAAAGAAUGAUUCAGAGUGUGGAGUGGAAGAGGAGGAUGCCGGGCUGGCGGGGCACACACCGGGCAAGCUUACAAAGUCCAGUCUCUGACGUCUCCAGACGCCCAUCUGGGCCAGGUCCAGAGGCCUGCCUGGGCUCCCAGGAUUCAGGUCUGAGACUUGUGUGGCCGGGAGUGCACCUUCCCCAGGGAUCUUUGAGGGGCCAGCGACCCCGCGGGCCCCACAUACCUCUGAGGUGGGCUCAGGCUCUAGAAUGCCUGAGAACAUGCUGCGCUCAGCAUGCGACACCGUGCAACAGGGAGGACACAUUUCCUUAAGUUAAUUGCUGAUAGUUCCUAAACAUUUCAGAAGCUUACUUAUUAAAACUAAUGUGGCUUCUGCUUCUCAGGAUAAAUUGGUGGGACUUCACCGGAACCACAGGGAUGUUUUACUGAAUGUACCUCUUUCCUUAUAGAAGUUGAAAGAUGCUCAGGAAGGGGCCACACCCAUUCCAUCUGGGCUGUAGAAACCCACUGCAGGUUUGCACAUGCCAGCCUUGCUAUUGCUGUGAGACCACGGACACCAAAGAGGUUUCCAGGGGGACACAUGUUCUUUCCGGGGAGGCUUCAGCCAUAUCAGAAGUGCCUUGAGGGCAGGGGCAGGGGCUGGAUGGUGCCUACUGCAGAUUUGGAGCUCUUUUCUGGCCUGGUAUACAGGAGGUGCUCAGAGAGGGCUCUGCACAGGCUUCAGCCAUCAGCUUAGAUGGGAAGCACCAGGUAGGAAUUUGGGCAGAUGGUGCUUCUAGCAUAUGGUGGCCUUGAGUGGAAAAGCUUGUGAUAGUAAAAGCAACUAAAAAUGACAGCCUGGCUUGAAUGUGACAUUGACCUCCCCAUUCUCAAAUACUGAUGGAGCCCUGUCUGGUGGCUUGUGUAUGGCCGCACUUGGGAUGCAGAGACAGGGACCUGCUCUCAGGCCCCAGGUCCGAAGGGCUAGGCAGAGCUGUCCCAGAGCCGUCUGCCCUCCUCAAGGGUGGAGCGCAAAUCCAGGCUGCUUUAGGGAGCCCAAAGCCUGCUCCCUGAGAGCUGGGGCGGUGCUUUCUCUACAACUGGGCCCAGCCUUGCUGAUUUCAGUAGGAUUUUUCCCAGAGAAAGCUGGUCAGGCCCUCUUGAGGCAGAUAACCUAAGCUCUUGCCCCUGCUUUUGGGAAAAUGCAAAUCCGAUCCCAUUGCCGAGGACACCCCAAACCCCUCUGUGCUCAUCACUGACUUUGGAGAAGCUGGGGGCCUGC